GGUACAUCUUCCUGCAAGCAGGCAUGAUGGGUGAAGGAUGUGCUGGGAGUGUGGGAGAAGAAGGCACGAGAAUGCCUAUAGCAGAAACCUGCAGGAGUGGGGAGACUCAUUCAUACCAUGGAUGGAUGAGCUGCUGCUGUUUGGUAAUUUAGGCCCCAAGAAAGUGUUACUUCUUACAUGGAUCACCUCACACAUCCCAACAAUGUGACUGAGUUUAUUCUCUUGGGACUCACACAGAAUCCACAACUACAGAAAAUACUCUUCAUUGUCUUUUUGUUCAUUUUCCUAUUUACCGUUCUGGCCAAUCUGCUCAUCAUCAUUACCAUUUCCCUCAGCCCCACACUUUCAGCUCCCAUGUACUUCUUUCUCACUUGCUUGUCUGUCAUAGAUGCCCUCUACACCUCUGUCACCACCCCCAAAAUGAUCAUCGACCUGUUGUACCAGAGGACAACCAUCUCUUUGGGCAGCUGCCUGACUCAGCUGUUUGUGGAGCACUUCCUGGGAGGCUCAGAGAUCAUCCUCCUCAUUGUCAUGGCCUAUGACCGCUAUGUGGCCAUCUGCAAGCCCCUUCACUAUGUGACCAUCAUGAGGCAGGGGCUCUGCUGCCUCCUGGUGCUGGUGGCCUGGAUUGGGGGGGUCCUGCAUGCCACUGUACAGAUUCUUUUCAUGGUCCACUUGCCCUUCUGUGGUCCCAAUGUCAUUGACCACUUCAUGUGUGAUCUCUUCCCACUGCUGAAACUUGCCUGCAGAGACACCUAUAGGCUCAGAAUGAUAGUGGCAGCCAAUAGUGGGGCCAUGUGCUUGCUUAUUUUCUCCAUGCUGCUCACCUCCUACAUAGCCAUCCUGAGCUCCCUGAAAUCCCAUGGCUCUGAAGGACAGCGCAAAGCCCUCUCUACAUGUGGAGCCCACUUAAUGGUAGUUGUACUCUUUUUUGUGCCUUGCAUAUUCACCUACAUGCGUCCUGUGGUCACCUACCCUGUGGACAAGCUGGUGACUGUGUUCUUUGCAAUCCUAACUCCCAUGUUUAAUCCUGUCAUUUACACAGUGAGAAACUCAGAGGUGAAAAAUGCCAUGCGGAGUUUGUUGAAGAAGAGAGUAGCUUAGCCUGUUCAAAUGCCAAGAGCGUGAUGAUGUAUAUA